AGCACGAAAAGCCGGUUCCCACCAACAACUUCGAACAGCCGGCAGCGCUCAGUAAUAAACAGACUUCGAGCGCGUGCAGUUCGGUUCUGUUCGAUUCGAUUAGAUAUAAUAUUCCGCUCCGUUCCUUCCGUUCGAUCUGUAUUCGUACUGAGUUAUUCCGAGUUUCCCCCGACCACAAAAAAUCACCCACCAAAAGCCGGUUCGGGAUGCGAUUGCGACUACGGUGAUGAUGAUGAUGAUGAUGAUGCCAAGGAUGCAGCUGAUGCAGAAUGGCUCUUGCAUCUUCAAGAUACAAAUUAAGUUGAUUUGUUGCGCUCGCGUUCUCUUGGGUAAUUGAACCCAAGUUCCUUGUGCCGCGGUCUUCGAGCUCGAGCGUUUCAUUGCAUUUUGUGUAUCUGUAUCUAGAUACCUUUGUCGGUAUCCGUCGCUUGUCAAUCUGUUCGCUGAUAAAAAAGCAAACGCAACGCAACACAACCACGAAACAUAAACCAACGUUGACGGAAAAUAAAAGUAACAAACAGCAAGUGGCGUAUCUGUGUGUUCGGUGAUAAAUGCAUUUCAUGCGUUCCCAACUAUGUAAAUAGCAAUUUAAUUUGAGUGUCCAGAGUAAACAUAAAAAAAACCGCCCUGGACGUCAGUCCACCACCACCCUAGUUAAGCCCCCCCCCCCCCGGGUUAACCCCUGAAAACCCCUAGAAAAACCUCUGAAAAAGGGCAGUCGUCGUCGUUGUCGUUGUCUGCGGCAUCCAAAUAUUGAAUAUUUACAAAUGCGUUGAGUGCAUUUUCGAGUGGCCGGCACUUACAGUGACUCUCUGGUGGAUGUGCGAGUGUAUUCAACGGAUUGCCAGCCAAAUAAAACUGCGAUUUCGAUUCCGAUACGACUCUAUAUCCGAUACGCGGGUGUGCCGGUCUUCGUUCACAUUUUUGUGUCGCUAAUUGAGAGCGAAGGUGUUGAAGUGGCCAGGAUAUAUACGUAAAUGGCUGCCAGGAUGAUCUCAAUAUACGGCUUGGCCAUUGCUUUGAUGAUGGCUCCCGUUUUGGCCGUCUCAUCGCGUUUCCUGCGAUUGCCACAAAGUCAGUCGGUGGUGGAGAAUGAAUCCAUCGAAUUCGAGUGCGAAUCCACGGAUAACUACAGCGAACUGCAGUACGACUGGUUGCAUAAUGGUCAUCGGAUUGUGUAUGACAAGCGUGUCUAUCAAAUCGGCUCCAAUUUGCAUAUCGAGGCGGUGCAGCGAAUCGAGGAUGUUGGCGACUAUGUUUGCAUCGCGACAAAUUUGGCCAGCGGCGCCAGGGAGGCGUCUCCGCCCGCCAAAUUGAGCGUGAUAUAUCUGGAAUCGGCCAGUGUGCAGUUGCUGGGCAGCAAUCGCAACGAGCUGCUGCUGAAGUGCCACGUGGAGGGAGCCUCCGGGGAUUCGGAACCGCUUCGAAUCGAAUGGUAUCGCAACAGCGCCAAGUUGAGCAGUUGGAAGAACGUCCAGCUGGAUCAGCACCGCCUGAUUGUCCGUCAGCCGGGACCCGCCGACGAUGGCCUGUACCGCUGUACCGCCUCCAAUGCGGCUGGUCGGGUGAUGAGCAAGCAGGGCUACGUCUAUCAGUCGAAUGUGAAGUGCCUGCCCAGACUUCCCAGGCGGAAGAAUCAAAAGUUGCUGGAGUCCUGGGACAAGCAGACAUUCCUGUGCCGCGGCAAGCGUGGCGGAUCUGGUGGCUUGGAGUCACUGCCCCCGGCUCCGGAGGAUCUGCGCAUUGUUCAGGGACCCAGCAGCCAGGUGGUCAUCAAGGAGGGUGAGCCCACUGCCCUGACCUGCCUCUAUGAACUCCCCGACGAGCUGCAAAACCAACGCAUUCAACUUCGCUGGCGAAAGGAUGGCAAGCUGCUGCGGCAAGUGGAACUUGGUGGUUCGGUGCCCAUACCCGGGCACUCUUCCUCCGAUUCUGGCAAGGAUGCCCUGCUCCGGGAAGAUGGUCGUCUAGUACUCCACAAGCAGAACGGAACCCUGAGCUUUGCCAGCAUUAUAGCCAGCGAUGCGGGCCAGUACCAAUGCCAGCUGCAACUGGAGGCUCAUGCCCCGAUUAACUCGUCGCCUGGAGUACUGGAGGUCAUCGAACAACUGAAGUUUGUGCCACAACCCACCUCCAAGAACCUGGAGCUGGAUGCAGUGGUGGCCAAGGUGCACUGCAAGGCUCAGGGUACUCCAGCGCCACAGGUGCAAUGGAUGAGGGAUGGUGUAAACACUUCGUUACCCGACCAAGUAGAAGUUGAUGCCAAUGGAACACUUAUAUUUAGGAACGUAAACUCCGAACAUCGUGGCAACUACACUUGUUAUGCCAGUAAUACCCAAGGUCAGAUCAACGCCACGGUGGCCAUAAAUGUGGUGGUCACGCCCAAGUUCAGUGUGCCGCCGGUGGGUCCGAUUGAGACCUCUGAGCAGGGCACCGUGGUGAUGCACUGCCAGGCGAUUGGUGACCCCAAACCGACGAUUCAGUGGGACAAGGAUCUCAAGUAUCUGAGCGAGAACAAUACGGAUCGGGAGAGAUUCAGGUUCCUGGAGAAUGGCACCCUGGAGAUUCGGAAUGUGCAGGUGGAGGAUGAGGGCAGCUAUGGUUGCACCAUUGGCAACAGUGCAGGCCUCAAGCGGGAGGAUGUCCAGUUGGUGGUGAAGACAACAGGCGAUGGUUUUGCCCCCGAGGAGUCCGGCGGCGAUGGCUUCCUGGUCACCCGAGCCGUUCUGAUCACCAUGACCGUGGCCCUGGCCUACAUUGUUCUGGUGGUGGGUCUAAUGCUCUGGUGUCGCUAUCGUCGUCAGGCCAGAAAAGCCCGCCUGAACGAACUGAGCACCAAGGAGGCUGGCGCGGAUCAGCCGGAUGCCGCUACAAAUGGCAAGGGCUCGGAGCAGGAGCCCUGCCUCUCCAAGCAGCACAAUGGCCACAGCAAGUCCAGGUCCAAGUCCAGCGGGGAUGCCCAGAAGUCCGAUGACACAGCCUGCAGCCAGCAGUCGAGGGCCUCCAAGAAAUCCGCCCACAUUUACGAACAGUUGGCCUUGCCAAGAUCUGGACUCAGUGAACUCAUUCAGAUUGGACGCGGCGAGUUCGGGGAUGUGUUUGUGGGGAAAUUGAAGGCCACUCUGGUGACCAGUGGCUCACCCACGGAUAAGGAUGCGGACACGGAAAAGCAGCACAGUAAUAGCGAAAAUGGCAGUGGCGGAAGUGGAAGUGGCAGCACCACACUGAGUACCCUAAACGAGAAGCGACGCUCCAAGACCUCCAUGGAUGACAUCGAGGAGAUCAAGGAGGAGCAGCAGGAGCAACAGGAUCAGUCGGGUCUCGAGCAGCUGGUCCUGGUCAAGGCCCUCAACAAAGUGAAGGAUGAGCAGGCCUGCCAGGAGUUUCGACGACAGUUGGAUCUCUUGCGUGGCCUUUCGCACAAGGGGGUUGUACGUCUAUUUGGCCUGUGUCGCGAAAAGGAUCCACACUACAUGGUGCUGGAGUAUACCGAUUGGGGCGAUCUCAAGCAGUUCCUGCUGGCCACCGCCGGAAAAGUUAACACUGCCACCGCCGGAAGCUCCUCGCCGCCGCCACUGACCACCAGCCAGGUUUUGGCCGUGGCCUACCAAAUUGCCCGAGGAAUGGACGCCAUCUACAGAGCUCGGUUCACCCAUAGGGAUCUGGCCACUCGGAACUGCGUGAUCUCCAGUGAAUUUAUAGUAAAGGUCUCCUAUCCGGCUCUCUGCAAGGACAAGUACAGCCGCGAGUACCACAAGCACCGGAACACGCUGCUCCCGAUUCGCUGGCUGGCACCCGAGUGCAUCCAGGAGGAUGAGUACACCACCAAGAGCGACAUCUUCGCCUACGGAGUGGUGGUGUGGGAGCUCUUUAAUCAGGCCACAAAGCUUCCCCACGAGGAACUGACCAACGAGCAGGUGGUGCAGCGAUCGCAGGCAGGAUCUUUAGAAUGGUCGGUGGCCGAUGCGACCCCUGACUGCCUCCGGGAAAUUUUGCUGUCCUGCUGGGUGUCCAAUCCCAAGGAGCGACCCUCGUUCAGCCAACUGGGGGCUGCCCUCAGCAAGGCCAUGCAGAGUGCCGAGAAGUGAGGCCAGACUGAUGGAGCAUAUGCCAAAAAGUAAUUAGUAGUAUUGUUCUUAGUGUCUGCCCGAGUAUUGUCACCGCUAACGUAGGCUUAAGUUCGACGCCUGUUCAACAUGCGUACUUAGCAUACACACAGACCGAUGGCUAAAUUUUAACAGUAACUGUACAAACACACGAUAUAUACACUAUAUAGAUGUAUUGGAAUGGGGAUAUCUUCGAGAAUAGUAUUUGCGUGGUGCUGCAUACACACAAGUGUGCAGCUAAAAUGUACAUAAAAACUGCCACAAAUUUGCAUUUAAACCAGUUGAAGCAUUUCUAGGAUUAGAGCAUUUUAACCUUCAUCAUCAGCAUUUUAUAAUCGACUUCUAAGCUAAACUAGUACGUAUAAAUACACAAACAUAUGCAUCACACAAACAACGAGCGAUUUCAAUGCUUUCAAACAUUGAAAAACUAAGCCAAAUUUAAGUUUAGCAUUGAGUAAAAUACACCCACAUAUUUUAUCAUACGUCUAGUUAUAUAUUUAUAUGCAUAAGGAAAAAAGAAAACGAAAAAGAAAAC